AUGGGCAGCGAGGCGGGGCCAGGGGAAGGUGGCACUGCCCGGGGACCCGGGGUCCUCCUAGGUGUGGUGCGGGAGGUGGGUAGGGUGCUGGCACUAGCUGAUGGGUGGGGCGAGGAGGCCGCCAUCUUUAGCGGGGAGGUGGUGCAGCAAGGCGCGGCCCUGUUGGAGGGACAGGUGGCGGGGAUCAUGGAGGUGUUUUGGCAGCCUGUGGAGGACAUGAUGGAAGAGGUGGAGGAGGUGGCGGAGGAGCAGCAGCAGCAGGAAGAGCAGGAAGAGCAGAAGCAGGAAGAGCCAGGGCGUGGACCCACGAUCCCCGGGUCCCCGCUGGAGGCGCUGGAGGCCCUGGAGGCCGCGCAGUUACAGCUGGAGCCUGUGAAUAGGCAAUGCUUCCGAAGCUACUUUCGUCUCAGACUCACAGCACUUCGGAGGCGGAAGCACUAUCUAGAACACAGAAGCACCAUCAUCCAGAGCAUCCCUGGCUUCUGGUUCAAAGUUUUUGUGAACGACCGCCGGAUGUCAGCCAUGAUGAGUGCCCAAGAUAAAGACAUACUUAGCUACAUGACCAACUUGAAGGUGGAGGAACUCAGAUAUCCCAGUGAUUGCCGCAAGAUCACGUUGUUUUUCCGGAACAACCCCUAUUUCCAGAAUGAGGUGGUUGUUAAGGAGUAUCUCGUUCACGUCACUGGAUAUAGGGCGUCUCAUUCCACUCCAAUUCAGUGGCACCAUCGUUUUGAAAGGGAGGCGUAUAGCCGCAGGCACCACAACAGCGGCCUUAACUUCUUCAGCUGGUUCUCUGACCACAGCUGUGCAGGAUCUAGCAGGAUUGCUGAGAUCAUCGGCGAGGACCUGUGGCCCAAUCCCCUGCGCUACUACCCGAGGGAGGAAGGCCCCACCGGGACAGGUGACAGAGAGGAGGACAGGUACAGCGGCUCCAACACAGGCGUCCCUGAGGGUGGCGUAUUGACAGUACCAUUUCCGUCCCACAUGAAAAUCGUGGACCAAGCACCUCACCCAGAGGAUCAGGUGGUGCUGAAGGCAUGUGACGGCUUCAGGAAGACAGAGCCAGGAUGA